AAAAACACCGAAAUAAACCGGCAGUGGAAGGCCAAAAGAGGCCCAGCCCAGAAAACACAUAAUGAAGAUUUUAAAUAACCCUAAUUCUAGAUAGAUAUGAAUCCUACUUCUCCUGGAUUGGCGUCACAGAGCUACACUAACAUUCAGGGUCUUCUCCAUAAUAAAGGUUUAUUCUUCAUAACAAUCAUUAUCUCAACACAAAGCCCCUCUCUCGUUCAGCUUCCAGAAUUUGUCGUUCGCUAAGCAACAAUGAAUACUCUGAAAAAAAUCAAUAGUGAGUCAACUGAGUUGCCAGAUUGUAUUAUAUCGCAUAUCUUUUCCCUGUUAAGUUUGAAAAAUUUGGUAAAAACGAGUGCUUUGUCCAAACAAUGGUAUCACGAAUGGGGAUUAAGGAAGGACCUUACUUUUGAUCUCCAUAACAUGUUUGACUAUAGUACAGUUCCAGAGUUACCAACAACCCUUCCACCCUUUCAACAGAUUCAAUUUCAAUUUGCCGCAAGUUUGUAUAAUUUCAUGCAGACUUAUCCUGGUGACAUGAUAAGUUCAAUCCGAGUAAAAUUUCCAUUAGGUAUCGAUCAUACUUAUGCCAUUGAUGGAUUGAUUCACAAAGGAGUUCUUAAAGGGGCCAAUCGUAUUGAGCUGCUCUUCGCAUGUGAAACUGAUUUUAAUAUACAGCCCUACAAAUUUUUAUUUCCUUUCUUGUCUGGCCCUAAUUCUCUCACAUAUCUGCACCUACAGAAUUGCCACCUAGCAGCAACUAUGGAAUUUUCUGGAUUGAAGAAUUUGAGGACUCUUGUGUUGACUAUAGUUCCUGUGAAGCAGAAUAUGCUUCAUUAUCUCUUUUUCAACUGCAUCCAUCUUGAGAACUUCUCUCUUAAUCAAUGUCUGUUCCUAUCUGACUUAAAAAUAACUAGUCCAUCAUUGCUUCAUUUGAACAUUAACUGCGGGCCUAUCAUUUCAUGGAGGAAUAUUGAUAUCAUUGCAUCAAAACUCUUAUCCAUUGAAUUUUCUUCUGACUGUAACUACGACCGUUCAUUACGCAUGGUGAACAUUAAGUCUCAUAUGUUAUUCAAGUUUAGCUACAAAUGUGGUAACAUUUCUAAUCUUGUUGAUUUUUCUGGAUUGAGAAAUGUGACAACAAUUGAGUUCGAUGGACUCCGUGAAUGUCUCCAAAGUGAAGUCAUAACUCAUUUGUUUUCUGAAUGUCUCCAACUUCAAGAUGUCACCUUUAAGGAGUGCAAGAUAAAGUGUGAUAUGAAAAUUAGUGGUACAAAAUUGCGUCAUUUGAGAAUUAUUGAUUGUCGCUAUGAGAGUCAGUGUUCUUAUAAGAUAGAUAUUGAUGCUUUUAAUCUCUCAUCCUUUGAAUAUAGAAGUCACACGAUCAUGAACCCCAUAAUCUCUGUUUGGGCUCCAAAGUUAUUGAAGGUUUUUUGGGAUGCAGGUUCAAGAAUGGAAAAUGUAUAUAACUUUGGUACAAUUGCAAGAUUACAUCUGCUUGAGGAUUUAACUAUGCAUCUGGGCCUUUCACAGAUAUCCGAGUUAAGGAAGGAUUUGGUUCGAUUUCAAAAUCUUAGACAAUUGAAAUUGUUUAUUGUCGGAGCAUAUAAACCUGAAAGGGACUACUUGUGGAUUUUAGAUAUUGCAAUGGCUUCUCCGCAUCUCCAAAAACUUUCUCUAACGAUUAUAAAUGGAAAUUCGAAAACAUCACAUAUGGUUGGAUCUCAGAGGCAAAGAGAACAUGUCAGGUUUAUUCAUAAGGAAUUAAAAUAUGUGGAGUUACAUGGUUGUGUUUGCUCCAUAACUGUAAUCGAGUUAGCUAGUCAUCUAUUGAGGAGUGCAACCUUGCUUAAACAAAUUACUUUCAGUUCUCGUCACAAUUUCUAUAUAGGCGCUGGAAGAUGGACUUUGGAUUUCGAUGGUUGUUGUUGGUUUGAGCGGAAUUUUAUUCAUGAGCAUCUAAAAGAUGAAGUAAAUGAACAAUGUCGGCUCAUAAUUUUGUAGUGUUAUGUUAUUUAUUUAUAAUGAAUUAUGUCCUGUAUGA